GGCGUUAUGACAGCAACGCAAUGUUCAGUUCAUUCAAUGUUAUUUGUGUCGUCCUGCGCAAUUUUGUAGCGUCUGUGUGAAAUUUGUACAGAAAAUCGAAUAUUUAUUCUGUAAUUCCAGAAGAAAACGUGUGAUAUUCAAUUGCAAUUCAGUUCAGAGCACAUUCAUCGAGGCGAAUCACCAAAUUCAAUGGUGAUUUGGAGCUCUUUUGGAUUACAAUUGAACAUUUUCUCAAAGCCCAUCGGAGCACAAACUGAACCGACUGCGCAUUGAGCGUUCAUGUGAACUUUGAUUCGGCUAAAAAAUCGAGUGAUAUCGACAGAAUUAUGGCAAGGCGCCUAGUUUCCGUGAAAAGAGGCAUAAAUGGUGGUGCAACUCAGAGUGGUUGUCCCCGUGUAGCUAAACGUGAAGUCACUUAUGAAUUUAUGACUGGUUUCAAUUAUAAUUCGAAUUUGUUGUAUGUAAAAGAAGAACAACAAUUUUAUAGACGGAAUGGAGUAGCAAAAGGAACGAUUUGUUUAUAUUACACGUGCUAUGUGAGGGGAUGUCAUUGUAAAAUGCACAUUCGUGACGGAAAAUGCUUUGUUGCUGGAUCUAGAUUGCAUAAUCAUCCCAAUCAAGCCGAAAUGUAUGUCAAUUUAUGUGCAUUAAAUGAAAUGAAACGGAUUAUGCGAAGCGUCAACAACCAUUUAAUGCCGAAACAAGUGUUCGAUAGUGUGAUGAAAAGGCAUCCGAAGAGCACUUAUGUCUAUAGCAAGAUUUUUGGACAAAGUUUAUGCCAUUCACGUUAUUAUGCUCUGCGCAAAAUACCACAAAACUUACCAGAAGAAACUACUCCUGAUUCAGCUGCUGAUACAGCCGAGGUCACAUUGGUAAGCAAUGCAGCCGAUUGCAUUAUAAUUGACGAUAGUCAAUAUCAAUCGUGUUUGGAAGACGUUACCAAAGGAACAUUGGAUGUCGAUUGUAUCGAACCAAUUGAACCGACACCAAGCGACAAAUCAAUUGAGUUCCAUGCUACGAACCGAGUGGACUUGGACAAAACUACAGUCAGCACCAGGGCGAAGCCAAAAGAAACAUCGACACCAUGUGUAGAUCUAACGUCUGAUGUUUUCAAUGAAGCCGUUCAACCCCUAGCUGAAAGUAAAAAUAUUGCAUUUAAUUCGACCCAAGCAUCGACUACCUGUGCACCUAUCGUGGAAGCAGCGAAUGUACUACGGGACAUGAAAAAUUCGAAAGAUCCAAAUAAACCGUCAUCACAAAGUGACAUCAAUGCAGAUUCGACAUUGGUACCAUCACAUUUGCAGCUGACGGUAGGGAAUAAUGGCAACAACUGGACGUUACGUUCACCCCCUCAACGAGCCAACAAAGAAAACGUUCGUGUAGACUCAGCGACAUCAAAUGACAGGUCAGAGCGGCUUACUACAUUUGACGCUUUUGCUCAAAGUACAGAGAACAAGGUCAAUUCGACCCAAGAACGUAUCGCGCAGGCAGCAAUUGAGUUACGAAAUAUGCACAUUUCAAAGAAACCAAACAAACGGUCAACCCGAGUGGUGGUCGACGCAGAUUCGACGUUGGUACCGUCAUAUGUUCCAUGUAUGGCUGAAAAGAAUAAGAACAAUUGGACACUACAUUCAUCACCUCAACGAGCAAACAAGAAAAACGGUCGCGAAAUUGCAUCGACAUCACAAAAUGAAUUCCAUGUGGUGUACAUUCGUGAAGCAGACGUUAAUCGACUAGUUAGAAGUGGACACAUUCGUUUUGUUCAAGGGAAACUCCAAUACGACGAGCCAAUUCUGUGCUAAUUCAAAAUGAAAAACAUUGACAAGGGAAUUUUCCAAAAAAAAAAAUUGAAAAAAUCCUACUGAAAAUUUCGAACAAUGAAAUCAGCCAAAAAUGUAAAGCUCAUUCAAAAAUUUGAACCGAUUUUCUAGAAGAAAAUCCCUUUAAAACAAUUGUAAUCAAUAAAAAUGUGAAUUAAAAAUUGAAUCGCAAAAAUAA